AUGCAGUCCAGCAAUGAGUCGGAUGGUCCGGAGACCGGGUCACCCCCUCCCCCUCCCCAACCUACAGCAAGCUAUCCACCCCGGGUCUGUCGUAUUUGCCUGGAAACCGUCCUGCCAACUCUCCAGCCGUCGGAAUUUUUACAAAAGCCACGCGUGGUGUAUUCCUCUGAGGACCCAGAGCUCGGUCGGUUGCUUCGCCCAUGCCAAUGCAAAGGCUCCUCUCGUUACGUACACGAAGGCUGCCUGCAGACAUGGCGACACGCGGACCCCCGGUAUGGUCGACGGAACUACUGGCAGUGCCCGACGUGUGGGUUUCAGUAUCGGCUGCAGCGUCUGACCUGGGCCCGGUGGAUCAGUAGUUCAGCCACGCAGAUCUUUAUCACUCUUGCAAUUUUGUUUUUCACCAUUUUCAUCCUAGGAUUUGUUGCUGACCCCAUCAUCGAUUUCUACCUCGGCCCCAUCGAUGAGAUCCCCAUUGACAUUGACAUUGACAUCGAUGACGCCAAGGCUUCGUGGCUCGAACACAUCUUCAAGGGAAUGGCGUCACUGGGCCUUCUUUCGUUCUUCCGUGUGAUCUUCACCAUGUCGCCUUGGUGGGGCGCCAGGAGUCUCGCUGGUGGCCGGACUGGUACUAAUGGUCGAGAUCGAGUACGGUCAUUGAAUUGGAUAGUAAUUAUUGCAGGAAUCCUCACUUUCCUAUGGACGGUCUAUGGAACCGUUCGUUCUUGGACUAAACGUUCCCUCGAACGUGCCGGCGAGCAUGUCAUGGAUGUGCCCCUACCAGAUGACGACAAUGACGAUCCUGGACCCGUGCCUGAGCCUUCACCUACAUCCGAGCCAGAGCCAAAGCCAGAGACCCCGAGUCACCAGUCGACGACCACUUCGUCUUUCGUAUCCGAUCGCACUACUUUGAGUUGCCGUGCUCCUGCCAAUGACGCGUCAAUCAGUCAAUGUGCGAAGAACGACCCUCGCCCUUCUUAA